AUGAUUGACGCUGACAACUUCGUCGUCUCGCCAAUCGAGACUCCGGGUCUCGUUCACGUGCCCAGUCUCACCACUGAGAGCGCAAGGGCUACGGAGGACUUAUUAAAGGGCAAUAACCAGAAGUACCACAUCUUUUUCACCCUUGAAGAUCACAUGGGUGUUUACCUACACAAUCAUAUCGCCCACCAUGAGCUCACCCUGUGGGCGUGUGGCGCCACGCCAGAGCAACUUCGCAGACACUAUGAGCGCAAUGCACUUUACAUGCGCGAUGCCACCAUCAUCGUCGAGCCUCUCGUGUUAGAUCUUGAGGAUGACGCUCUCUUCACGCGAUGCCUCGGCAAAGAAGAGCACUAUCGCAACUUUGAGAUGUUCUUCCUUAACAUGUUCAAGAAGAUUGGUUGGCAGGCCACGCUGCAGAAAUAUCUGCUAGACAGGAGCCCACUGGCGGACGACAUGAUGUUUCGCCUCUACAUGGGCUACGUUCACGGCCUGAUUCAUGUCGGCCUCGCUCUUGAGUUCCGUCAGCUUCGGUUGCUCGCAGAAGGCCUUGCCCAGGCGGCAGUGCACCACGACGACUGGUACAUCGAGUACCUCUCCGCCGCCGAAGCCGCGGCCACUGAAGCCCAAGAGUCGCCGCUGCCGCUCUCCACGCUCGUGGACAUGGUCCACGAAGACCCCAAGAUCAGCACGGCCUCGAGCUGGACCUUCCAGACGCAGACGCGCGCACACUCGGGCCGCUGGGCCAUGGACAAGGAGGUCGCGCGCGACGGCAUCCUGCGCAACGCCAAGCCCGAGCUCGUGCGCCUCGCGGCGCGCUGGCGCGUCGUCGACAACCCGGACAACGAGGGUGGCGCGCUCACCGACGAGUACCUCGAGCGCAAGACGGCGGAGCUGAUCAACACGGCCGUGUACAUCGCCGCGGCGGCGCAAAACCCGCCGUACCAGUGCGCCUUUGACUUCUUCCUGCUGCACUGCGCGACGGCGAGCAUCGCCCACGCCGCGAUCCUGCGGGAGCAGUCGAUCACCAGGGAGCAGAAGGCACGGCUGCUCGAGUACAGCGGAAGGGUGUUCCUCAUGACGUACUCCGGCAUGGGCGCACCGCAGCUGCGGCUGGACUACCUCGCCUCGCACCGGUCCCGCCUAGGCCCCGGGCAGGGUUGGCCUGAGGUCUUUGCGCGCGCAUGCGAGCACGCUGACGACGGGCACAUGAUCAAACUCAUCCGCUCCACCAAGCUAGCUGAGGAGAUGUCGAGGCCGUACGACGCGCGUCCAGAGUUCCGUGUCAAGCAGCCCAUGUUCCUCCAGGCUGGUAUAGCCAUGAUCGACUCGGGCACGCAGCGCCCCAUGACCUGGACUAAGCACUGGGAUUUCAUCCGCUUCUGCGGGUUCCCCGAGGCGUGGGAGAGAUUCCCAAAGAGGGACUACUGA